UGGUUGGUGCUUCGAGAGGGGGGCGUUAAAGGCGGGGCCCAUGGCAAGGCGCCAUAGAGCAAAGUCUUGCUGUUUUUAUCUCAUCUUGACUACAGUGCCGGGAAAAUGUAUUUCCCCCUUCCUGAUUUCUUUCCUGCCAGACAUGUGAAAUCACUUAAAAGAACCUGUCUGAUUCUAAAGAAAUUCAAGAACCAAAGAGAAAAUGAAUUAACACGUAUCAGUCUGGAAAUGGUUACAAAGCCUUUUCCAUGGCUUUGGGAUUCCAGCCAACCACGGCUUGAGCCUUUAUCCACAAAUGGAGAAGACAUGGAACAGUGGUGAACCUUUCCAGGAGGGAACCCUAACCCUCACACGCCAACAAGACCAUUGAGGCUGUGGUGGCCUGCCUUUGCAUUUCCUUGUUUCGGUGCCCAGUCCGCUUCCUGACUCACAUGUUCGUUCCAAUACAAAACCCUCCAGACUUGUGUUUUUUUCACUUUGUUCAUUGAAAAUGAUUUGUUUCUUUUAUUCACAAAUACAAUCUUGUUUUAUAUAGGCAAAGAGUGAACAACGUGAGGUCAAAAGACUGUGCCGAUGUCCCGUCCAAUACAAAUGUCUACUACAAACUACUAUCCUGCUCCAGCUACUCUCCAGAUUUCAGGAGCAGACAAAGCUUUGUGAUGGGUGUCUGUACAACACUUGUUUUUGUUUUGUCCAGUACACUGCAGACUAGCCCUUUGCUUCCUGGCAUGGUUUUUAGAAGCCGUACUAGAACCCAAGAGUUUCUAGUGGCCAAAUCAUCCACAUUAAACACAAGGUCUCCGGGUAAAAAAUUCAUUUUAAAUUAAUUCCACUUGUUUCAUUGUUGCAUGAUUGGAAGGUAUUCCUUGACCCAUCUCUUCCAAAAAAGGUCAGCCAGGUAUUGGACCUGUCUCCAUCUUCUUCGAGAGUACAAGUCCUCUUUUUUGAACAGUCCAGAUAGCAUGACAGAGUUGGUUUUGAGUUGAAGUAGAAUGAUUCAGUGUUAAAGUGUCAUUUGUUAUGGUUAUGAUAGAUCAUUCAUUAUAGCUUCCACCUCACAAAAGGCCGUUUGCAAUGGGGCGGUAUCGCACCGCAACAGAAAGAGAGCUGCGCCAGAAGGCAAAGCUCACGAUGUACCUGUCAAUCUUCACUUACGGUCAUGAAGGAUGGGUCAUGACCCAAAGAUUUGGGUCAAGAACCGGAUCAGGGCCGACUGGGGUUUCCUCAGGAGGCUGGCACCCACCUCAGAGGGUUAGAAGCUCAGUCAUCCGUGAGGAACUCGGUGUAGAGCUGCUGCUCCUCUGUGUGGAAAGGACCCAGUUGAGGUGGUCGUGAAAGGGAAUUUUGGGGUCCUCUGCUAGAACUGUGGCCUCGCGACCUGACCCUUUAUAAGAGUUUAAUGAUGAGAUACUAUAAAACACAAAGGAACAGAGGCUUGAUACCCCCUCCUGCGUGUUAUUAUUAUCUUAAGGAAGAUGUAUUUCUUUAUUAACUGUAAAUUAAUUAAUAACCACAGGAUUUGUGUGUAGUUCAUGUUGAGGUUAGAUGUGUUUGUGACUUUAAGAGUGCACUGACAGAGAUAAGUAUGGAAAGGGAAAACCCUAGGAGCCUUUUGUGGUAGAAUAUAAGCCUGUACAGGUGGGUUAUUCUGGCUCCAGACAAAGGAACGUGACCACAGGGUGAAGAGUUCAGAAAAGAGUUUUUAUUUCUCUCGUGACAGUACAACGUGCCGGUGUUCCGCUCGCUCGUUCGCGCACCCCUCCUCGCUCACUCGCCUCACUGUUCAAAUAGGGACGGGAGGACACACACACGUCAAUUACUGUCAGCUGAUUGCAAGAUGUUCUCACCUGGCACUGUUCCCUGAGCCACUCCCCCUCUCUCCCACACCUGCAGCCGAGCUGAAACCACGCCCGCCACCACAGAGCCGUUCAACUUAGUUCAUCAGUGCACUUGCUCCUCAAUCUCUUUGUGACUUUGUGAACUCUGCAGCUUUUCUUGCGAGAAUAAAACGUCUUAAAAUCUUUUGAGUUUUCACAAUCUUUAUUUUUUACAAUCUCUCCAGGACCCAAAGCUGCUGCAUUAUCACACAAUCUCGAAGCACAUUUCUGUGGCGGUCCAUAAUGGGAGUGCCUGGGAGAUUUUUGUUGGCCUGUAUUUUGCUGAUUUUGAGAAGAAACAUUUCAGCUGGUUCACCGGUGAGGCUGGUCAACUCUGACAGCCGCUGCUCUGGCAGAGUGGAGGUGUACCACGAUGCCCAGUGGGGGACGGUGUGUGACGAUGGCUGGGACCUGAUGGACGCCGACGUGGUGUGUAGACAGCUGGGCUGUGGCGCUGCUCGUUCAGCUGUAGUAAGUACAGCUUUCGGACAAGGAAGUGGACCCAUCUGGUUAGAUGAUGUCAGUUGUUUUGGAAAUGAAUCAUCGAUAACUGACUGCAGACAUCCAGGAUUUGGGGUCCAUAACUGUCAGCACACUGAAGACGCCGGUGUGAUUUGUGAAUUUUUGCUAACUUCACCUCAACCAACCACACCGCACCUCACCACCACUGAGCCUCCACCUAUAAUCACCAGCACAUCAGCAGCAGGCAACAGCACAGCAGCUGAGGGGGAGGUCCGUCUGGCCAAUGGAGGGAACAGCUCCUGCUCUGGCAGAGUGGAGAUCUUCCACAGUGGACAGUGGGGGACGGUGUGCGACGACAACUGGGACCUGAUGGAUUCUCAGGUGGUGUGCAGGCAGCUGGGCUGUGGCAGGGUCCUGUCGGCACCACAAGCUGCACGCUUUGGACAAGGCACAGGUCCCAUCUGGUUGGACGAUGUCUUUUGCAGAGGCAGCGAAUCAAAGCUCAGCGAGUGCAGACAUCAAGGGUUUGGAGCUCACAACUGUGGUCACCACGAGGAUGCUGGUGUCGUCUGUGAAGCUGGUUCACCGGUGAGGCUGGUCAACUCUGACAGCCGCUGCUCUGGUAGAGUGGAGGUGUAUCAUGAUGCCCAGUGGGGGACGGUGUGUGACGAUGGCUGGGACCUGAAGGAUGCCGACGUGGUGUGCAGACAGCUGGGCUGUGGCGCUGCUCGUUCCGUUCUAACAAAUGCAGGUCUGGGACAAGGAAGUGGACCCAUCUGGUUGGAUGAUGUCAGUUGUUCUGGAACUGAAUCAUCGAUAACUGACUGCAGACAUCCAGGAUUUGGGGUCCAUAACUGUCAGCACACUGAAGACGCCGGUGUAAUCUGUGGUUUUUUGCCAAUUUCACCUCAACCAACCACACCGCACCUGACCACCACUGAGCCUCCACCUAUAAUCACCAGCACAUCAGCAGCAGGCAACAGCACAGCAGCUGAGGGGGAGGUCCGUCUGGCCAAUGGAGUGAACAGCUCCUGCUCUGGCAGAGUGGAGAUCUUCCACAGUGGACAGUGGGGGACGGUGUGCGACGACAACUGGGACCUGAUGGAUGCUCAGGUGGUGUGCAGGCAACUGGGCUGUGGCAGGGUCCUGUCGGCACCACAAGCUGCACGCUUUGGACAAGGCACAGGUCCCAUCUGGUUGGACGAUGUCUUUUGCAGAGGCAGCGAAUCAAAGCUCAGCGAGUGCAGACAUCAAGGGUUUGGAGCUCACAACUGUGGUCACCACGAGGAUGCUGGUGUCGUCUGUGAAGCUGGUUCACCGGUGAGGCUGGUCAACACUGACAGCCGCUGCUCUGGUAGAGUGGAGGUGUAUCAUGAUGCCCAGUGGGGGACGGUGUGUGACGAUGGCUGGGACCUGAAGGAUGCCGACGUGGUGUGCAGACAGCUGGGCUGUGGCGCUGCUCGUUCCGUUCUAACAAAUGCAGGUCUGGGACAAGGAAGUGGACCCAUCUGGUUGGAUGAUGUCAGUUGUUCUGGAACUGAAUCAUCGAUAACUGACUGCAGACAUCCAGGAUUUGGGGUCCAUAACUGUCAGCACACUGAAGACGCCGGUGUAAUCUGUGGUUUUUUGCCAAUUUCACCUCAACCAACCACACCGCACCUGACCACCACUGAGCCUCCACCUAUAAUCACCAGCACAUCAGCAGCAGGCAACAGCACAGCAGCUGAGGGGGAGGUCCGUCUGGCCAAUGGAGUGAACAGCUCCUGCUCUGGCAGAGUGGAGAUCUUCCACAGUGGACAGUGGGGGACGGUGUGCGACGACAACUGGGACCUGAUGGAUGCUCAGGUGGUGUGCAGGCAACUGGGCUGUGGCAGGGUCCUGUCGGCACCACAAGCUGCACGCUUUGGACAAGGCACAGGUCCCAUCUGGUUGGACGAUGUCUUUUGCAGAGGCAGCGAAUCAAAGCUCAGCGAGUGCAGACAUCAAGGGUUUGGAGCUCACAACUGUGGUCACCACGAGGAUGCUGGUGUCGUCUGUGAAGCUGGUUCACCGGUGAGGCUGGUCAACUCUGACAGCCGCUGCUCUGGCAGAGUGGAGGUGUAUCACGAUGCCCAGUGGGGGACGGUGUGUGACGAUGGCUGGGACCUGAAGGAUGCCAACGUGGUGUGCAGACAGCUGGGCUGUGGUGCUGCUCGUUCCGUUCUAACAAAUGCAGGUCUGGGACAAGGAAGUGGACCCAUCUGGUUGGAUGAUGUCAGUUGUUCUGGAAAUGAAUCAUCGAUAACUGACUGCAGACAUCCAGGAUUUGGGAUCCAUAACUGUCAGCACACCGAAGACGCCGGUGUGAUUUGUUUCUGGAGAGUCUCGUAUUGCAGCCCUCUGGUGUCUGAUCACGGUGUGCUGGUGAUGGAGUUAGGCAGUGGACUGAGUUUUCCUGCCACAGAGUAUCUCAGCCACAUCAUACACACUCAGGCUCUGCAGGCGUGUCCUCCGAGGUCAGUAGUGCUGGACUGCCAUCAUGUCAGCAUCAUAGAUUACACCGUGAUCAGUGAGCUCAGGGACCUGCUGAGACAGUUCCGACUGCGAGAAGUGCAGCUGGUCUUUUGCAGAUUGCAGCUCUCUGUUCUGAAGGUUCUCCUUGCAGCCGAUCUGCAGGGCUUCAGCUAUAAAGAUAGCGUGGAGGCGGCGCUGCAGAUGGAGUCGGAGCGAUUGAACACUGAUCAUUCAUCAGUGCGCUUGCUCCUCAAACUCUUUGUGACUUUGUGGACUGGCAGCUCUUCUUUUUUCUGCACUUUUCUGUGGUGGUCCAUAAUGGGAGUGCCUGGGAGCUUUUUGUUGCCCUUUAUUUUGCUGAUUUUGAGACGAAGCACUUCAGCUGGUUCACCGGUGAGGCUGGUCAACUCUGACAGCCGCUGCUCUGGCAGAGUGGAGGUGUAUCACGAUGCCCAGUGGGGGACGGUGUGUGACGAUGGCUGGGACCUGAAGGAUGCCAACGUGGUGUGUAGACAGCUGGGCUGUGGCGCUGCUCGUUCUGCUCUAACAAAUGCAGCUCUGGGACAAGGAAGUGGACCCAUCUGGUUGGAUGAUGUCAGUUGUUCUGGAAAUGAAUCAUCGAUAACUGACUGCAGACAUCCAGGAUUUGGGAUCCAUAACUGUCGGCACACUGAAGACGCCGGUGUAAUUUGUGGUUUUUUGCUAACUUCACCUCAACCAACCACACCGCACCUCACCACCACUGAGCCUCCACCUACAAUAACCAGCACAUCAGCAGCAGGCAACAGCACAGCAGCUGAGGGGGAGGUCCGUCUGGCCGAUGGAGGAAGCAGCUUCUGCUCUGGCAGAGUGGAGAUCUUCCACAGUGGACAGUGGGGGACAGUGUGUGACGAUGGCUGGGACCUGAUGGACGCCGACGUGGUGUGUAGACAGCUGGGCUGUGGCAUUGCUCGUUCAGCUGUAGUAAGUACAGCUUUCGGACAAGGAAGUGGACCCAUCUGGUUGGAUGAUGUCAGUUGUUCUGGAAAUGAAUCAUCGAUAACUGACUGCAGACAUCCAGGAUUUGGGAUCCAUAACUGUCGGCACACUGAAGACGCCGGUGUCAUCUGUGAAUUGUUGCCAACUUCACCUGAACCAACCACAGCACACCUCACCACCACUGAGGCCCCUGCAGCUGAGGGGGAGGUCCAUCUGAUCAAUGGAGGAAGCAGCUCUUGCUCUGGCAGAGUAGAGGUGUACCACGAUGCCCAGUGGGGGACGGUGUGUGACGAUGGCUGGGACCUGAUGGACGCCGACGUGGUGUGUAGACAGCUGGGCUGUGGCGCUGCUCGUUCAGCUGUAGUAAGUACAGCUUUCGGACAAGGAAGUGGACCCAUCUGGUUGGAUGAUGUCAGUUGUUCUGGAAAUGAAUCAUCGAUAACUGACUGCAGACAUCCAGGAUUUGGGAUCCAUAACUGUCGGCACACUGAAGACGCCGGUGUCAUCUGUGAAUGAAAUUGUCCUUUUAUAUUUGGAAAUGUUUUAACAUACUUUCAUACAUUAAAAGUAACAUUCUGAAUUGAAGGUUUAUGGAGAGCCUUGUAUUGGUCUCAUCUGGUAUGCACUGAUAACCAUAUCAUCUUUCUAUCAUACCUUUAUUUCUAUAAUUCUCAUUUAAUCGUCUUUGCAUUGUAACGAAAAAUCCAUCCAAUUAAUUGGUUUAGAAGAGUCAUGAUUAUCAGUUAUUAAAUAAAAUGCUCAACAAAAAAAAAUCAGAUUUUUUUGUGCUUGCCAGUGAUCAAAAUGUUUUAUUUCAAUCACUUGGCCAUUGGUUGUGAUUAAUCGCAUUGCAAUUUGCAAAAUUCAAUAAAGAAC